UGUUUGAACCGCAGUAGAAGAAGAAGUGUAACUGCUGUGGAGUUUACUUGUUGAAUGACACUAAAAGCAAAGUUUACAGUGUUUACAGUCAUCCUUACGAGCCCUGAGAACAACUCGCCGCACUUCUGCGUGGAGUCGCAACGUCUCUGACCUCCGACUGAGUGUUUCAUUGUGAAAAAAUGCGGGACCGGACUAAAGAAUUAGGAAACCAGAAUGCUGAGGCUUCAGAUGACGAUGAGGAGGGCAAAGCUCUGAUGAUCAAACCUGGACUCUCUUCAGCCAAAGAGGAGAAGGAGAAUGAAGCCUUCUUUAAAAAGGCGCAAGAAAUUCAUGAGGGGCUGCAGAGCCUGAAAAGGAUGGUGUCUGACCUUGAGAACAAACAGAAAACUGUGCUGGGUGUGGCGCUGCCAGAGGAGAGUAUGAAGAAAGAGCUCCAGACUCUUCGAGAGGAGAUAAAAACGUUGGCGAGCCAGAUCCAAAGAAAACUGAAGAGUAUUGAACCCAAGAAGGGAGAAGAGGAUGGAAAAUACAUACCUAUAAGUGUUCGGAUGCAACGGACCCAGCAUGGCGUCUUGUCCAAGGAGUUUGUGGAGUUGAUGGGUCACUGUAACACCAUCCAGGCUCAGUACAGAGACCGCAACGUGGAGAGAAUACAGAGGCAACUCAAAAUCACCGGGUCCAACGUCUCAGACGAGGAGCUGGACGCGAUGCUCGAAAGCGGGCAAACAGAUGUUUUCACUCAAAAUAUCCUGAUCGACGCUAAAGCUACAAGACAGGCGCUGAAUGAGAUCGAGUCCCGGCACGAUGAGAUCCUGAAGCUGGAGAGGAGCAUCAAGGACCUGCAUGACAUGUUCCAGUACCUGGCCAUGGAGGUGGAGGCUCAGGGGGAGAUGGUCGACCGCGUGGAAACUAACAUCAAACAGUCUUCUAACUACGUGGAGAAAGCAAAAGAGAACACAGAGAAAGCAGUCACGUAUCAGCAGAAAGCACGAAAGAAAAAGAUCUGGAUCGCGAUAUGUUUGGCCAUCCUCAUCCUCAUCCUAGUCAUCUCGUUGGUUACGACCUUCACCUGACACCAGACAGUGUUCGUCGGCUGUAGGACGGUUUGGCAGAAGCACAUUAAGGGUCCCCCUUUCAUGUAUAUACUUUCAGCUCACAGGAUGUGCGGGUGGAUUUAGUCUGUUUUCAUCCCUCUGCAUUUUUCUUCUUCACAUUUCACAUUUAUCUUCCUCUAACCCUCCUGUCCUCCUAACGAGCCUCUUUUUUUUUUGUGCUCUUUUGUUGUUUUAACUCACAAACAAGACUACAAUCUUGCCUGAAUUUCCACUUCCACUCAAGAGGUAGUGCUGCUGGUUUAUUGAAUCUCCCCCAUCAGACAAAGACCAGGACAAAUAGUGAACUGUUACAUCAGUGCCCCACCCCACCCCAAGCUUAAAAAAAAAAAGAGGAAAUAAGUGUCCUUGAGGCACAAUGCAGUAUUGAAACCCAACACUGGCGCUGAUCAUACUAUACUCAGGAAAACUGUGCGUUGAUUCUUGUUACGUUGUUGUUUAUGAAUGAAUUGGAGAAGUAAAUAACAUUUUAUAGAGUAGUGCUUUCUUUUAUAAAUGGGCUAAUAUAAUUGUACAUAACCUAUGUUGCUGAUUAAGACAUACUUUAUGCAGAUGAUUUUUAAAACAAACUGCUGACAUGUAACAAGUGUAAAUACAGAAGUUUGUGAAAUAACAGCCCCCCCCCUUUCUUUUUCUUUUUUUUUUUUUUAAAUCUUUUGAAUUUUACAAAAGCGUCUCAGCACUGCAUCAACAGGCCCAAGGCCUCUCUUACUUUAUCCUACCGGUUUUGUAUUUAUGAUUUGAACAUUGUUGUGUAAGCUGCUACCAGAAAAGUUCUGCAACAACACAUAAUGAAAGAGUUUUCUAAACUGUGCCUUCUCCUUUAUGUCCAUGUGAACAGCUCAAGGUGAGAAUGUUGUGCACUAACGUUGUCAAGAAGGGAUGGAGGGAGUUUUUAUUCUUUUUUUUUUAUAUAUAUAUAUAUAAAUAUACAUUUGACUUCACCUUGGUUUAUCCUGAUGCCUAUACGACCCCCAUUAGACCUUAAGACCUCAAUCUGUCUUAUUUUUCUUCACCGGUUCGUCAGAGUGCACCAUGUUUCCAUUUAUCGUCGCUAUAGUUUAGUAUUUUCUGUGGACUUCAGUGGGAAAAUCCCGCAUCAGUAAUGUGUAAACACCCAUCAAAGGAGAUGAACAGGCAAUAUGACAAAUCUGUGAAGAAAAAUGAACCAAAAGUGUACAUUUUAAAGAACGUCUCGCCGCAUUCGGAAGCAGAAGCGUCGCCCGUCUGCAGAGAAAGACGUGCGGAGCAGCGACUUCGCUACUGUGUAAUAUUAUGGCUGUUGAACUUGCAUCACUCAUUUUAAUGUAGAUUUGUUUUUAAAAUAAAACUGCCAUGUUCCAUUA